AAAACUACAACUCCCGAAAUGCUUUGCGUAGUGUUGCCGGCGGAGCAUGCGCAGACCUUCCUGAUGGGUUCCUGGACUACAUUUCCCGACAUUCCCGAGCGCAGGAAGUAACUCCAGCCAGGAAGAGGAAGAUUGGGGGGACCUCUGCUGGCUGUCGCUGAACAGGAAUGUGCUUGGUCCCAUCUAGAGGCUGAACAUCCAGGUUGACCCGGUAUUUCUCACAGCUGAGGGUUGGUUCCAAUUAUAUCCAGUCUAGAAAAUCCUCUGUCAGAGGCGGAGAGAUCCCGACCAUAAGUGCGCCCUGAAUAUCCGAGCACCCCGACAUCGCAAUGAACCUGGAGCGUGUCCCCAACGAGGAGAAGCUGCAGCUGUGUAGAAAGUAUUACCUGGGGGGUUUUGCUCUGCUGCCGUUCCUGUGGCUCGUCAACGUAACGUGGUUCUUUAAGGAAGCGUUCUUCAAGCCGGUGUACACUGAGCAGCCCCAGAUCCAGAGCUACGUGAAGCGCUCUGCCUUCGGCCUCUUUGUGUGGGUGGUCAUCCUCACCACGUGGAUCAGCAUCUAUCAGACGCAUCGCGCCAGCUGGGGGGCCACCGGCGACUACCUCUCCUUCACUAUACCACUAGGCAUCCCCUGAUGUGGCGGGGGACACUGUCAUUCCAGACCCGGGACCACCCAGGACUUCUUUCUUUUGCUCCGGACCCCUCGUCACAACACAGACUAACAAAGCGCGCGCAGCCCGGACCGGGGCGUUUCGCUGUAUAAUGGGACGGAUCUGUUAUAAUUGUCCAAUAAAAUGUUAAAGGUUC